GAGGAGGUGGUAAGUGCUUAGUAUAUAAAGGGCAGAAGGUGCACAUUGGGAGGCACUGACAGAACCGUGCCAGUGGAAUGCUUUUGCACUCCUUUGUGGACGUACCUUGUAUGCGAACCUACGCAGUUGGCAUCCGUGUCGCUUUUUGCUGGCUUUUUGGAGCCUUUUCAUUAAAAGGGGAAUAUUCCAUUUUGUGAACAAGAUUAUUUUAACUGUACUAAAGAAAUAUAAAAAAUGGAUUUUAGAAUACUUUGCUCCAUGUUGUCAAUGAUGUACUCUGGCAUUUUACAUGCGGUCUCAUCCGCUCCUAUGGAAGAGGAUACAGCGGCUUCCACAACAGCCACCCCGGUGCCAGUGCACCACAUCAGGAACAAGCGAUGCUCCUGCGCGACGUUCCUGGACAAGGAGUGCGUUUACUUCUGUCACCUGGACAUCAUAUGGGUCAACACGCCUGAGCGCGUGGUUUCCUACGGUCUGGGCAACGCUUCCAGAAAGAAGCGCGCUAUCAAGGAUCCCGCCAUCUCCAAGCAGGACCCUCGCUGCAAGUGCGUCCAUGAAGAUGACAGCACAUGUACAAACUUCUGUCAGCUUGACAUUUACCUGAGAUAUGCUGCAGCAGCAGUAACGCCAGACACAGCGAUCCACCCCGCCGUGGGCGCUGACUGUGCUGAGAGGCAUCAGUGCAAACACAAGUUUGCAGCCAAAACGAGUAGGAUUAAAAGGGUGAAAUACAGAGACCAAAAAGCAGUGGGCCCCUCAGCUCUUCAGGCCACAGUCAAAGCUCGCUUGCUGCUGGAGAAAUUGAUGGUGGGACAACAACACAGGGCACGAGAAGAGAGAUGAGAAGGGAGAUGUCCACAUACUCUGUCUCACACACAGAGAGGGCAGAGAUUCAUCUAUCUCUCUCUAUCCACCUGUCAUUGGGGACCCAUAUGCUUUGGUCCCUCGAGAUGCAUUGGAUACUCCACAGGAAGCCUGCUACUGGACUCCAUGUUGGCUCAGUCACGGUGUGGGUCAUUAAAGGGCAGUGAUGGUGGGUGCAGUGUCAGAAAGAUGCAGAUGGUUGGAGACACAUGCAGGAGAAAUGCAAUGAACUUGAGUCAACUUUAUUGACACCACAUCCUAAAGACAAAGACGGACACUCGAUGGUCCUCCUGUGUACUGUUGACACACCUUUGGACUUCAGCAGCAACCCUCAAACAGAACUUCAGAUCAUAGCUAAUAAAUUGAAUGGCUGAAAGUGUACUCUAUGCAUGCCUCUGAUUAUCACUGGAUUUGAGGGACAGCUACUCAACAGCAUCAGAAGCACUGUUGCUGCUACAGUGUAUCCUGUCCAAGGUUCUUGUGUCUGCUCUCUCAAGAAAACAUUGGAUUCAUAGAAGAUCACAAUCUCAUAGACUUAUUGAAUUGACUCUAUGACCUGGCAUAAUAAGAAACACAGCUGAUUGAUUUCAGGCGUUAUCACAGUUUGACUAAGUUUCACUACUUUAGUGUUUGCUGAUGAUAUUUGGUUCUAUUUAUUGCUGUCUGAGAUUUCUCUAUACAUAUUGUAUAAUAAUUAAUGCACAUUGUUCUGUCCCUAUGUUUUAUUUAUUCAAUUUAUUUAUAGCCAUAUUGGCCCCAUCCAUGUGAUAAUUGUAUGUCAUUUCUGUGAAAUGCUUUUGUCGCCAAGAUACAUUUGGCAAAACUUAGGGAAAUAAAUUGUCACACUUAUUUA